AUGGCACAGUCAGUUGAAGACGCAGAAGCGGGCUCAGGUGAUACCACACCAAAUCCUUCAUCCGCAUACAGAGAGCCCAUCAAGCAUGAACGCGAUCUCCCACUGAAAAGCUAUUCUCAACUUGAGAACUGGGAUGAUGAUCCAGAAAAUCCUUACAAUUGGUCGACAGGACGAAAAGUAAAGCAAGUUGUCAUGCUCUCAUUCGCAGCUUUCACAACAUCUGUUGGUGUCUCCAUAUUGAGCCCCGCCCAUGGAGAAUUCAUGGAGGAGUUCAAUAUCGGUAGCACGGUCGCAAUAUUACCUCUGUCACUAUAUUGCUUCGCACUAGGACUAGGACCUGUUGUCGGGGGACCUCUUUCUGAAACAGUCGGAAGAUAUCCAGUCUAUGCCAGUAUGAUGCUACUUGGGACAAUGUUUACUAUAGGUGCCGGCUUCAGUCCCACCUUCGCAGGGCUAUGCAUCCUGCGGUUUCUGGCUGGGUUUUGUUACGCACCCACAUUAGCGAUUUCCGCCGGAAGUAUCAAUGAGACCUUUCGACCUGUCAAACGUGCGCUUCCAUCAACUAUAUUUGUUUUGAUGCCUUUCUUGGGCCCAGGGCUGGGUCCCGUCAUUGGAAGUUUUGUCGUCAAUCGGAAGGGUUGGCGUUGGACCCAAUGGACAAUCGUUUUCUUCGCCAUUGCCACUCUAAUUUCAAUUGCCCUCUCUGGGGAGACUUUUCAUCCUGUUAUCCAACGCCGCCGUGCGAAGGAGCUAGGACAGGAGUUGUCUCCACCACCACCUCUCUCCUCGAGAAUCCGUCUCUUUGCAACUAUUGCACUUAUUCGACCUGUGCAUAUGUUGGUCACUGAGCCCAUCGUCAGUUUCGUUUGUAUGUACGUUGCGUGUGAGUUUGCAACACUGUUCACAUUCUUUGCUGCAAUUCCCUUGAUAUAUCAAGGCGAAUAUCACAUGUCCCUUGAAGUGUCCGGGUUGAUAUUUCUAGCAAUUGUCGUUGGGUGUUUACUAGGAGUUGUGACAGUCUUACUGUGCAACAUCUUUUUCUACCUCCCUCAGACAGCAAAGUAUCCAAGCCAGCAAGUCCCACCCGAGCAUCGUCUGUACCCUGCGCUCAUCGGAAGUAUUGGGCUGCCGGUAGGAUUGUUCUGGUUUGCAUGGACGGCAAGAUCCGACAUAUCCUGGGCAAGCCCCACAGUUGCUCUCAUGGUGUUUGCUUGGGGAAAUCUAUGUGUUUUCGUCAGUACCACGUUGUAUCUUGUCGAUGCCUACAGAGGCCUCACUGUCGCAAGCGCAAUGAGCGCCAACAGCUUGGCGAGAUAUGGACUUGCAGCCGCUUUCCCUCUCUUCACCAUCCAGAUGUAUACCAGACUGGGAACAGGGUGGGCCUCGAGUUUGUUGGGCUUCAUCGCUGUUUUACUGUUACCCAUCCCGUGGGUUUUCUUCAAAUAUGGGAAGAAACUAAGAUCCUGGAGUAAAUAUGAGACCAUGGAAGGCACCCCUGGUUGA